AAAUGAUCUUCUUUUUAGCUACUUUUUUUUCAGAUUGUCAAGAAUAUUCAAAAGCUACUUACUUCCUUAAGGAUUGUUAUACAUUGUCAAAUCUAAUUCGUAAUCCAUAAUUGAAAGUCAAGGGUCUUUUAUUGUUAGCUUAAUGUUCUAAACAGUAAUAUAUUAUAUAUUUAUAGGUACAAGUUGUUUGAUUAACAAAUUGUUCUUGUAUAAAAAGCAUUGAUGUAUACAUGGGCUUUUGAGUAUCAUGAUCUUGAAAUUUAGUGUUAUGAUGCCAUGGGAAUAGCUUAUUUCUACUAAGGCAAUAUUUAAAAAGCUGAAUUUUAUCAUUAAAAAUGGACCAGUGGAUUUUUAGAACCCCCAAAAUCAUAUUAUAGGAUUACAGCAUAAGAAUUUAUUUCAAUGUUCGAGAAAACACUUCCAACUAAAGCUAUUGACUUUAUUUCUUCAAUUCAAGGAGCAAUUAACGUCCCUUUUAUAAAUAUUGCAAAUGGAAAAAAUUUUGAUGAUAAGAGAUUUAUUAAGUACAAUAAUUGUAAUCCAAUUGAAAUUCUUACAACAAUUGUGACGAAUAAAGAUUUCUAAGAGUUUAAUUUAGUCCAUCACGAACAAACUUAGAUUAUAAAUUCAAUUCUAAGGAGGCAACCAAAAUUACCGAAAAAGAUACUUGAAAUUACAGAAAAAUAUCAUUAAAAUAAAGAAUAAUAUGAGUUUGACCAUAAAAUCUAUGAAAAUCCAAAAUAUAAAUUAUCUAUAUAAUAAUAGGUAAACCAUAGAAUAAAAUAAAAAUUUUCAUUAGAAAAUGUCAACUUAAACAUUCUUUAAUUUAUUGCUACCUAAAGAGAACCAUUUGUCAAAGCAUAAUAAAUUUAUAUACGAUCAAAUCAUUCAAAAAAAGAAUUUAUUCCUGCUUUCGUAGCUAGAUAUAAAAAAAUGCUUUUACAGAUACUAAAAUGA